UACAAAACUCAGCCUCUACUCUCGAAACUUCUACUUUAGUACUCGGCCUACAUUCAUAUAAUUCACGCGUAACUGAAAAUUGUUCCCCAAUAUAUAUCUUCGUCAAGAAGACAAAUACAAGAACAUUUCUCUGGGCUCAAGUCUAUAUACAUACAAAAUCAACAUCGAUACAUUCAUGUACAUAUAAUCGUUCGAUGAAUACUUCGCAAUACAUGGACAAGCAGAUAAUGGAUCUAACCAAUUCGCAAACACUUAACACCGAUUUCAUCAAUUUGAAUCCACAACGCCACCUAGAUGAAGAUGACGAUGGUGAUUAUAAGAAAGAAGAGAUCGUCCCUAAUUAUGAUUUUCAACCGAUUCGUUCUACUACUGCUACUGACUCUACUCCACCUAGGGUUUGGACUUCUGCUGAUUCUAAAAUCAACUCUGCUGUCUCCAGAAAUUAUGCUUCCCUUGAUUCUAAUGAACUUUUAAGAGGCAGUUUGGAGAAGGAUCGCAAUGUCUACAAUGCAGCUUUGCUGUCUGAGAUUGACAAAACGAUGAAGAAACAUAAUGAUAAUUUGCUACAUGCAUUAGAGGGUGUCAGUGCACGACUCUCCCAGCUAGAGAGCAGAAAUCGCAAUCUUGAGAAUUCUUUGGAUGAUUUAAAGUUAUCUGUUGGAAACAAUUACGGAAGCACUGAUGGUAAAUUGAGACAGCUUGAGAAUAUUCUUCGAGAUGUAGAGACAGCUGUACAUGAUGUAAAGGAUAAACAAGAAAUACUAGAGGCUCAACUGCAGCUGGCAAAGCUACAAGUAUCAAAGGAGCAGCAGUCGGAAAAGCCUGGUCCCGUGAACAUGGAUGCUGUACAUCAGGCUGCAUCUGCUCCACACCAACAGCUUCCUCCAUUUACUCAGCCUCCUCCUACUCAUUCUCUGCCAAAUGCUCCUCUUCCACAGCAUCAGAAUUUAUCGCCGCCACAACCUCCCCACCAAUUCCCCCAGAGCCAGAUUUCUCAUGCACCUCAAGCAGAGAUGUACUUCCCUUCAUCUGUUCAAACACCAGAGGCCCCAACACAGCAGUACCUGCUACCCCAGCAGCAGCCGCUGCCGCCCCCAAUAUCUGCACCCCCGCAGCAACAGUAUCAACCUAGCUCUCUCCCCAUGUACUCUCAGCCACCUGCCCCUCAGCAGCACCCAUCCCUCUCUGCUAUCAAUGCCCCUCAAUCUCAACCUCAGCUACCUCUAGGUCACCAGCCAGAAGAAGCACCUUACUUGCAACAGUCUCAGAACUAUCAACAGAUGACACAUCAACCUCCCUCUAAUAUGCCUAGUGGAGUUCCCCCGUCGCAGCAGUUCUUUGGGAACCCAUCCCACAUGUAUGAGCCGCAAUCUGGCAGGGCUGGGCCAGGAUAUUCUGCUCCAUAUGGGCCAUCAUCUGGACCUAGUGAUCCAUAUCCUUAUGGUGGACCUAGUUCUCCGUAUGGUCGUGGAGCCCCAGCAAAAUCACAGCAACUCCAUUCUCCUACUAUAGGUCACAGUGGGGGAAAUGCUUACCCACAGCUUCCAACAGCUCGGAUCUUACCAAAAGCACUUCCUACAGCUUCUAAUGUUGGUAGCGGAUCCAGUUCUUCUGGUAGCGGGAACAAGGUACCUAUAGAUGAUGUAGUUGACAAGGUUACAACUAUGGGAUUUCCAAGAGACCAGGUAAGGGCGACAGUCAGGAGGCUAACAGAGAAUGGGCAAUCAGUCGAUUUGAAUGUGGUACUGGACAAGUUGAUGAAUGGAUGAAUGAUUGGGGCAUAACAGGUGACGCCAAAGAUUCCAUAGGUGGUGUUGGGACUUUUGACCAAUCUUGGUUAUACAUUUACCCUGCAUAUCGAAUGACACAGCUUUCUUCCGUUUAUGAAUCUUGUUUACAUAUGUUGUUGAGUUGUGUUAAUACUUGCCUUGACAGCUUCUUGUGAUUUUCUUUCUGAACUCCUUUUUCGUUAUGCUUGUUUGGCUGUAAAUAAAUGAUAAGUGCAUCUAGACCGAGGUCCAUGUUAUUCUGUAGCCUUUGAGAUGUAAUGGGUUAUGGAAGGGUACAUUUUCUUUUAGCCAAAAUUUUAUUACCAUUA